CUCUAUCCCAUAUCCAUUCGAGCGCGACUGUGUUCAAAGCCCUAACUCCUCUUCGCCGAUGGGUUUGCUGUCAUGGCUGACGGGGAGAAAGGGGCCGGCUCCGGCGGUGAAGGGCGAGCCCCUGGGGAAGCUGGAGGCGAAGGAGGUAUUGGGGUUGAAUGGGGCGGUGGAGGUUCGGCGGCCGGCUGACGUGACGGUUUUUGAGUUUGGCUCCGCUGUGGCAUCCGGUGAUCGGGUCACGUUGGCGGGGUAUUGCCCCGUAUCUGAUGAGCUUGAGCCUUGCCGCUGGGAGAUACUUCCGGCAGCCGGUGCCGAUGCCCCUCAGUUCCGUAUCGUCUUUUGAUUAUCAGUAAUGGUUAUCGAUGUUUGUAGUUUUAUGAUGUUUUUAAUGCGAAAAAAAAAAUUGUUUCUUUGCAUGAAUUUUGAGUUUUUAUUUUUCAAGGAUGCGAACUUUUUCUUGUUU